GUCACCGGCUCAGCUCGUCUGCAUGCAGGACCAGCUAGCACCGUCUCAUCUCGACACGCUCCUGCACUAAUCCAUCGAACUCACUCAGUUUAUUACUCCCAAGGAGGAGCGUACUACAAAGAAAUAUUCGCCGAAGCCAGAGCUUCCACGAGCUUCUACAUUUUGUACACGACCCGUAAUUGGCUGGUGACUCGGCUGUGGAGUUACUACUCCAUCCAUUGAUGGGGAAGAAGAGGGCGGUGGCCGCGACGACGAGGACGCCGGUCUUCCCGUUCCCUGCAGCUGCCGGCGAGACGGAGCCGCCGCACCACUUCAGCGAUUACGGCUUCGACCCCCAGCUCCUCCGCUUCUCCCAGCUGCCCGACGCGAAGCGUCACCAGCAGCAGCAGCCACCGCCACCGCCGCUGGAGCACGCGCGGUUCAAGCUCCAGAAGCCCAUCUCCAAGAAACACCAGCACGCGCAGCACAAUGGCAAGCAGCGCCGCCGCGGGUGGUGGAGCUCUGCGGCCUCUGCGGCGCUCCUCUUCUUCAAGCGCCCCUCGUCCAGGUCCAACCCCGCCGCUCGGGCUGUCGGCACAGCCUCGUCGUCCUCCUGCAGUGCUGCUGCUGCGUUCGCCCCCCGGCCACUCUACUUCGCCGAUGACGGAGGCGACGACGACUCCACGGGGUGCACGUGCUGGUCACCGGCCGUGCGUUCCGGUCACCUGGCCGCCGCCGAGCUAGGCAUUGCCUCGGUCGGAGUUCCGUAUGUUAACCUCAGGGACGUCAAUCUCCGUGGUGGCGCCGGAGGAACGGGAGGGGCUGCUCCGGCGAUGCCUAUCUACCUCGUGACGUGAAGUUCUCCCUCCUGUCGAUCGACCGCUGGUGACUGUUCCUACUCUUGGGCCACGUGACAGCCUUUGAGAGGUGUAUUUCUUGUUCGUUUUUCUAGAACUUGGACCAUAUGUCAGUCAAUAUUUUUCCACCAAGGGCUUGUAUUAAGACUAGCCACAGUGGAGAAUAAUUUAGACUAGUAAAAGCAUGUUCACUCGUUCGGCCCCCCA